AGGCACGCCAGGUUUCGGAGUUGUUGUUUUUUCUACUCGUGGGGUCCAAAGGGGCGUUAGAAAGGUGCUCCUGUCUACCCGCGGGCGCGUUCACCACCACGAGGUUGGGUGAAAUGGUACAAAGGAUGCGUGUCACUCAGCUCUCUCUCUCUCUGCUGGUGAACACGUACAGGUCCUUUUGCAACUUCUGGGGCCGCUUUCGAUGGCGGCAGCCGCUCUUUUAAAAGUAUGGGAAGUUGCACGUGGCAAUAAUAGCUGCAAUCCUCUGCCCGUUUAUCUCAGAUGGAGGCCAGUACUUGACCUCAGGGUAUGCUUCUCAGUAGAAAUGUGUGUAGGGCUGCAGGUUUCUUUUGCUCAGGCUUCAGUUGUCCAUUAAGUGUGCUGAGUUGUGGUUUACUGUGAUUCUCUUUACUAUCUUCUGUCUGCAAAUUGCUGUCGUCCCCUCCCCCAAGGUGUCCGUUCCUCAUAAAACCAAUGCUUCUGGAUUCUAAGCUUGCAGAAUCUUAACUGAUCCCAUUAAGGUUACGGUGCUAAACACACUUAUUUAAGAAUAAACUUACUUGACGUUGCUGUAGCAUACUUCUGAGUAAGCAUGCUUUUGCAUGAAAUUGGGGUAUUGGGCUUCUUCAAGUCUUAAAACACAAAGACUUGGAAAUAAGGAAUCCAUGGUGCCUGCCUCCAUUUAGGAGUCUUGAGUAAUUGCAGUCCUAAGCACACCUACCUUUGUGGACUCAUUGUUCGGAUCCAGUGAGCCCUUGGUUCUUAGCUCUUGGAGUUGUAUUUUUACUACAUAUAUGGUUAGAAAGUAUGGGUAGAAUGGGUGAAAAAGUAUGCUGGGCUAGAUAGGGCUUUGAUCUGAUCCAGGAGGGCUCUACUUGGGUCUUUUCAAAAGCAAUUUGCUAAUUUUGUUUUAAGUUUGAUUAGCACUAUCAUAGACAACAGGGUUUCAAGCAGUUGCUCUCAUUACUUUAGUAAACAUUUCCUGACUCUGUACAGAUAGUCAUAAAGUUUGGGUGUGUGGUGGUGUACAAAGAAUGAGGAUUUACCCUCUGUUUUGCUUUCCUUGUAGUCAUAAGUCCAAAGAUGUUCACUUAGAGCCUCUUUCCUGCAGGGAACUGUGCAGAAGUUGCUGGACUACAGUUCCCAUUAACCCCAGCUUUCAAGUGCAAGGAGCAGGGGUAAUACCUGUUGUAGCCCAACAACAUCUGAAAAGCACCACGUUGGCUAUCCCGGAGAGGUUCAGCCUGACUGGUCUGCUCAAGAGCCGUGUGAAGGAACCACUUUUGCAACGCCGGAAGCUGGGCAAGAUGUCGGGUGUGCUGAGCGCAACGCUGAGUGGCCUCAACAGCGACUCGUACUGCGAGAUCAGCCUGUAUCGGGACCAGCACUUCCAGGGAAGUCGUUACCUGCAAGAAAAGUCCCUGAAAAACUCCUGCACACUUUAUGUGGGCAACCUCUCUUUCUACACCACAGAGGAACAAAUUCAUGAGCUCUUCUCCAAGUGUGGGGAUGUCAAGCGCAUAGUCAUGGGGCUAGACAAAGUGAAGAAAACCCCCUGUGGCUUCUGCUUUGUGGAAUACUACACAAGAGCAGAAGCAGAGCAUUCUAUGCGGUUCAUCAAUGGAACCCGUCUGGACGACCGCAUGAUCCGAACAGACUGGGAUGCUGGGUUUAAGGAAGGGCGCCAGUAUGGCCGUGGGAAAACAGGUGGCCAGGUACGAGAUGAGUACAGAACAGACUAUGAUGUGGGCAGAGGUGGCUUUGGCAAGAUUGUUCAGCAGCAGAAGACAAAUCAGCAGUCAGUGAUCUACUAAUGGCUUCUUGGAUUGGGUAAAGAUAAUAAUGAAUUAAAUAAACCUGAUCUCUUAAAAAAGGGGCAGGGGAGCUAUGUGAAAAUUUUGCAACCACAUUGCUAUGUGCAAGGAGGGUAGAAAAAUAGAAAGCUUCAAGAAACCAUGUACACAAAGCAGAGAAUCUAGCACCAUAACUCGGGAAAGAAAGAGGAACAGCAUCUUGCUAGUGACUUCAAUAGUUCUAAACUUUCUGUCAAUGUGCAGCUUUACUUGCUAUGGGUAUUUCUCCUUCCCAUUAAGAUUAGCUUUACAGGCAUCCUAUUCAUUUACUUUGAGGUAAAUACAGUAAGAUUUAUUCCCACCUAAGUAAAUAAUUUCACAGCUCUAGUUCUCUUAUUCUCUACAACUGCUGUGCAGAGCUGCUAGUGAAGUGGCUGAUUCCAUACUAUUGAUGAACUCUAUCCUUGCCUCAGAUAUUCCUUGUUGAAUGUGUGAUACACUUUUCAGGGAAGAUAAAUUAUUUGCCUAGCAAAAUUUGCAGCUGGUCAUUAAAUAAUGCCCAUUGACUAUAACAUAGAGGUUAAUUGAUUGCAACUGAACAACUAAGUUUCUGCUUUCCUCUACAUUUGGUUUCUGUUCCUGUAAGUUCCUGGGCAACAACUUUGUGACCAUGGAAAUGCAGACCUCUCCCAUAAUAUGUAAUGGGGGUAUCUGUUGCCCCAUAAAGAUGGUGAGUCCCAGCAGCUCCAAACACUGCCUUCUGCUUUCUUUCUUUUUAGUGUGGAGGUUUUCAGUCUCUACUCUCUAACUCCUUGCUGUCUGUAUUAAUUUGCGUAGACCAGCUGUAAUUCUGUAUGACCUGUAUUGAUUUGUACACCAUGGUUUCAGGAUGCAAGCAUAGCACAUACCAUAUUUUAAUACACUAUUCCAUCAGACUGCAGUAGAAGGGGAGAGAGAAAGGAGACCCACUCCACUGGCUUAGGUGAGAGACCAACUCAGUAUAGCUCUUCUCCUUAAACUGUUCAAUUUCAAUGUGUUGUUAAUAAGAACUUGGUAACUAAGCCUGUUUGCUUUUUCUCUCCCACUCCAUCUCUUUUCCUUUUGUGCCUGGUCUUUUAGCAUGUAAACCUUAGGGCAAGGACUAUGUGGGGGAAAUAUGGUGAUGGGCAUUUUUAUACACCCCAAAACUGCUUGCUAUGUCAGCCCUACAUGAAACCUACUGACUUAUUUUGGUAUAUGGAUUCAGUAAAUAUUAUUCAAGAUGGCA